AUGAAAAAGGGCAAGAAUGGCUCACGUAGUCUUCGCAAGAAAGAAAUGCGAAAAAUAGAGGAAAUGACACGCCAAAGCAAUGGUAGACAACCACUUCCGGGAAGCGAGACAGGAUUUGACGAAUAUGAGACGGAAAAGAACGGGAAAAUAUCUGCAGACCUGCCUCAAGUCACACCGUAUGAGGCAAGCUUGAGCAACAAGGAAAAAUACCGGUUUCACCGCGACACGGGCCAAAUACGGUCGUUCUUCGGAGACGUGCGAUUUGGCUACCGGAGUACCAUCAUGGACGACCUAGUGCAGUCCACGCUUACGGAAACAUCGUUCAAAGGCGCAGGCUGGGGAAAAAUCAAGGCGGAGGCCAACAAAAAGGAUAGCCAGUCGAAUGACGGCGAGGACGUCUCAUCCGUGGUUUUCUUCAACUUUUCUGGAUUCUACGUCCUGUUUUGGAUGAUAGUGGCCUUCAUCGUUCUCCGGGUGGGAGUUGACUAUUAUGUCACACACGAUGGAGACCUGUGGCAGUCGGAAAUCCUCAAGUUCAUGACCACUGAUCUGAUCUCGGUUGCCCUGAUCGACCUUGUCAUGUAUCUGUGCAUCUAUUUCGUGCUUUUUGUACAUUUGGCAGUCAAGCAUGAAUGGAUCUCCUGGAAGCGCACCGGCAGGUACCUCACUUACAGUUACGAAAUCGGGUUUCUGUUGACCUUCCUGUACGUAGCAGAAACGGUGAUGCAGUUCCACUGGGUCGCUAAAAUCUUCCUAUUCCUGCAUUCUCUGGUACUGCUCAUGAAAAUGCACUCGUUUGCGUCAUACAACGGCUAUUUGUGGGAAAUUUUGAGGGAGCUAGAGUUCUCGAAAAGUGCGCUGGCAAAGACGAAGGACGCUGCUAUCGAAGACAACUUCAAACGAGUCUUGGAGAAGAGCUGUGAGUUUUGUCAAUUCGAAUUGGAUUUGCAAUCCACAAAAGUCAAAUUCCCGACCAACAUCACCGUCAAGAGCUUUUUUGAAUACUCUAUGUUUCCCACGCUGGUUUAUCAGGUCGAAUACCCUAGAACCGAGAAAAUUAGAUGGUCGUAUGUGUUCGAGAAGCUCUGUGCGAUUUUUGGUGUGAUACUGGUGAUGAUGAUCAUUGCUCAGUUUUUCAUGUACCCCAUAGCCUUACGCGCCAUGGCGGUAAGAGACAUCGGAAUGCCCAUUUUCUGGGAGCGGAUCUUGGAAUGGUUAUACCUACUUUUGAAAUUGGUGCCAAGCUUCAUUAUAAUGUACCUCAUGGUGUGGUACUUGAUUUGGGAUGCAAUUUUGAAUUGCAUAGCGGAACUUACGCGGUUCGGCGAUCGUUACUUCUAUGGAGACUGGUGGAACUGCGUAUCAUGGGAUGAAUUUAGUCGCCAAUGGAAUGUUCCGGUUCACAAAUUUCUCUUGAGACAUGUGUAUCACAGCUCCAUUAGUUUUUUGCACUUGAACAAAAUGCAAGCAACUUUAAUGACAUUUUUAUUGAGCUCGGUUGUGCAUGAACUGGCAAUGUACGUAUUGUUUCGCAAGCUGAGAUUCUACCUGUUCUUUCUGCAAAUGGCACAGAUCCCAUUAGUGCAACUGGGGAAUUCCAAGUUUUUGAAAUCCAAGAAGAUUCUUGGUAAUGCCAUUUUCUGGCUCGGUAUUUGCACUGGCCCUAGCCUGAUGUGCACUUUGUAUUUGACGUUUUAG